GUGGUAGCGCCUCAGGGGUUUGGGCCUGCGUCCUGCUCAGGUGCCGGGAGAGGUGUCCUGCAGCCCCGCGUGCUGUGGUCGGCAUGGGAGACUCCAGCAUGGAUGCCACCGCGUCUGAGGCUGCGGCUGAAGAAGUGUCUCUCUUCAGCAUGACAGACAUGAUUCUGUUUUCGCUCAUCGUCGGUCUCCUGACCUACUGGUUCCUCUUCAGAAAGAAAAAAGAAGAAGUCCCCGAGUUCACCAAAAUUCAGACAACGACCUCAUCAGUGAAAGACAGCAGUUUUGUGGAAAAGAUGAAGAAGACGGGCAGGAAUAUCGUCGUAUUCUACGGCUCUCAGACAGGAACUGCUGAAGAGUUUGCCAAUCGCUUAUCAAAGGACGCCCACCGCUAUGGGAUGCGGGGCCUGGCCGCAGACCCUGAGGAGUAUGACUUGGCUGACCUGAGCAGCCUCCCACAGAUAGACAACUCGCUGGCCGUGUUCUGUAUGGCCACCUACGGCGAGGGGGAUCCCACCGACAACGCCCAGGACUUCUAUGACUGGCUCCAGGAGGCAGAUGUAGAUCUCUCUGGGGUCAAGUAUGCGGUGUUUGGCCUUGGGAACAAGACCUAUGAGCACUUCAAUGCCAUGGGCAAGUAUGUAGACAAGCGGCUGGAACAGCUCGGCGCCCAGCGGAUCUUUGAGCUGGGGAUGGGUGACGAUGAUGGGAACCUGGAAGAGGAUUUCAUCACUUGGCGAGAGCAGUUCUGGCCGGCAGUGUGCGAACACUUUGGGGUGGAAGCGACUGGAGAGGAGUCUAGCAUUCGCCAGUAUGAGCUUGUGAUCCACAAGGACAUAGACAUGGCCAAGGUGUACAUGGGUGAAAUGGGCCGUCUGAAGAGCUAUGAGAACCAGAAGCCCCCCUUUGACGCCAAGAAUCCAUUCUUGGCUGCAGUCACCACCAACCGGAAGCUGAACCAGGGAACUGAGCGACACCUCAUGCACCUGGAAUUAGACAUCUCAGAUUCCAAAAUCAGGUAUGAAUCUGGGGACCAUGUGGCUGUUUACCCAGCUAAUGACUCUGCACUGGUCAACCAGCUUGGCGAGAUCCUGGGUGCCGACCUGGAUGUUGUCAUGUCCCUGAACAAUCUCGAUGAGGAGUCCAACAAGAAGCACCCCUUCCCCUGCCCCACUACCUACCGUACGGCCCUCACCUACUACCUGGACAUCACCAAUCCACCACGCACCAACGUGCUCUACGAGCUGGCUCAGUAUGCCACGGAGCCCUCGGAGCAGGAACACCUGCGCAAGAUGGCCUCCUCCUCUGGCGAGGGCAAGGAGCUGUACCUGAACUGGGUGGUAGAGGCCCGGAGGCACAUCCUGGCCAUCCUGCAGGACUACCAGUCCCUGCGGCCCCCCAUCGACCACCUGUGUGAGCUGCUGCCUCGCCUCCAGGCCCGCUACUACUCCAUCGCCUCGUCUUCUAAGGUCCAUCCCAACUCUGUGCACAUCUGCGCUGUGGCUGUGGAGUAUGAAACCAAGGCUGGCCGCAUCAACAAGGGUGUGGCCACCAGCUGGCUACGUGCCAAGGACCCUGCUGGGGAGAACGGGCGCCGGGCCCUGGUCCCCAUGUUCGUGCGCAAGUCCCAGUUCCGCCUGCCCUUCAAGGCCACCACCCCUGUCAUCAUGAUCGGCCCCGGCACGGGGAUUGCCCCCUUCAUGGGCUUCAUCCAGGAGCGGGCCUGGCUGCGACAGCAGGGCAAGGAGGUGGGGGAGACGCUACUAUACUAUGGCUGCCGCCGGUCUGAUGAGGACUACCUGUACCGUGAGGAGCUGGCACAGUUCCACAAGGAUGGCUUCCUCACCCAGCUCAACGUGGCCUUCUCCAGGGAGCAGCCCCAGAAGGUCUACGUGCAGCACUUACUGAAGAAGGACAAGGAGCACCUGUGGAAGCUGAUCCACGAGGAGGGUGCCCACAUCUACGUCUGUGGGGAUGCUCGGAAUAUGGCAAAGGAUGUGCAGAACACCUUCUACGACAUCGUGACCGAGCUGGGAGCCAUGGAGCAUGCCCAGGCUGUGGACUACAUCAAGAAGCUGAUGACCAAGGGCCGCUACUCCCUGGAUGUGUGGAGCUAGGAGUUGCCGGCCUGCCUUGCUCCUCCCAUCACACCCUUAUAGACUUGCUUGCCCAUGUAAUCAUUUUCCUCACUCCCUUCUGCCCAUCUCCUGGGUGGUUUCUGCUGGGCCUGGCCACAGCAGGCAGGGCCAAUAACAAAGACUGCUCCAGGUCCCAGAUGCGCCCUUCGGAGCCCCCAGGGCUUGUGGCUAUGGGUGCCCCAGCCCACACUCUGUGAGCACCUCAGGGGCUGAACAGGGGCGUUUCUCUCAGCUGAGCUGGGGCCUGGUCUCUCCACAUGAUUUUCAAUGAGUGUAAAUAAUUUUAAAUAACCUUUCACCCUUGGAAUAAAGUCCUGUUUUCUGUA